AUGAAGAGGCCGUGGUUCCGGCGUUUCGUGCCGUUGUUGGCGCUGCUGCUUCUACUGCAGGCGGUUAUUGUCCAUUCUUAUAGCCAACAAAAUGAUGCAACUACUACAUUAACAGAUAUCGCCCAGAAACCACAUGAGCAUGGAGGCUCAUACUCUCAAGACGCCGCGCGUGAGGCAGGCGGGCGACUAGGAAGCGACCGUAUUGAAUCCGCGCUGAAGCUCCUACGAGACUCUAAUAUCGUCGCUGUUCGUCCUGAAAAGCCUUCUGGUCUCCUGGGGUAUGCUUUACAUUAUGCCCAGGUAGCUUUCCGUGUUCUCUUUCUGAAUACCCCUCCUUCAAACUCCCACGAACGCAAAAUUCAUCCGGUACUGUUAAGGGCCGUCAAUGAAUUGAGGAUUGCUGCGGAGGAGGACCAGAAUCCCGAUGCCAUGUUUCUUUUGGCGGAAAUGAGCUUUCAUGGCAACUUCACCUAUCCGCGAGAUUUCAAAGCAGCAUUUCAAUGGUACCACAAUCUUGCUUCGUUAACGGGGAACAGUACGGCCCAGUAUAUGCUUGGAUUUAUGUACGCGACAGGGAUCGGUGGCGCAGUCGAGCGGGAUCAAGCGAAAGCGCUGAUGUACCACACAUUUGCGGCCGAGGCAGGCGAUACGAGAUCAGAAAUGACCCUGGCGUAUCGAAGUCAUGUCGGUAUUGGGACUCCAAGGGAUUGUGACCAGGCUAGCUAUUACUACAAACGUGUUGCGGAUAAGGCUAUCGAGUACUACAGAUCCGGGCCGCCUGGCGGCCAUGCCAUAAUUCUGGAGUCGUAUCGUUGGGCCGAUGAAAAUGGCGGCGUCUACGGCGAAGGAGCCAGCAUGGUCGGCUCUGGAAUCAAUGGGCGGGAUGCAUCACAGUCGAGCGCUGAGGCCAGUUUGGAGGAUAUCCUGGAAUAUUUGGAUCUCAUGUCCCGAAAAGGUGAACUAAAAGCCACGUUCAGCCUAGGCAAAAUGUACUAUGAAGGUGCGCAGAGCUUGCCUCGGAACUUCAGGAAAGCUAUGAAGUACUUCAAACUUGUUGCCAAGCGGUACUGGAAUAAGGAUGGCUCAAUCAAUCCGAACCAUCCGCGUGGAAUUGACAAGCUGGCAUCAAAAGCAGCGGGCCAUAUUGGCUUGAUGUACCUUCGCGGGGAGGGCGUUGAACAGAGUUUUGGCACUGCUCUUACCUGGUUUAGGCGUGGGAAUGUCAACGGAGAUCCUCUCUGCCAGCAUGAGCUUGGCCUGAUGUAUCUUCACGGAUACGGUGUACCGCAGGACGCAGUUGUUGCUUCAUCCCAUUUCAGAGCGGCUGCUGAUCAGGAUUUUCCUGCUUCACAGACAAGGCUAGGUGCACUCUUCCUAGAUCAAGGGGACGUGGCCACGGCUACGCGCUAUUUUGAACUAGCCGCGCGCUGGGGCUGGAUGGAAGCGUUCUAUUAUCUGGCUGAAAUGUUUAACUAUGGAAUCGGCAGGCAGCGACACUGUGGGACGGCCACGGUCUUUUAUAAAAUGGUUGCAGAGCGGGCUGAAGCAAUACACACUUCAUUCCCCGAAGCUAAUGCCGCGUAUGAGAACGGUGACUAUGAAAAAGCCCUUGUUGCGUCAAUGAUGGCUGCCGAGCAAGGCUAUGAAAAUGCCCAGGCUAACGUCGCAUACCUUCUCGAUGAACAACGGUCUCUGCUUCCCCUCAGCGGUGUCCUCCCAUGGGGCCGAAAACCGCGACCGGCUUUACUGCGAAACGCAGCCUUGGCGUUGAUCUACUGGACACGUUCGUCGAAACAGGCUAACACGGACUCGCUGAUUAAGAUGGGCGAUUACUAUCUUGCGGGUAUUGGCACCGCACUCGAUGCCGAGAAGGCUUCACUCUGCUACCACACUGCCGCCGAAGCCUCCCACAGUCCGCAGGCAUACUGGAAUCUUGGCUGGAUGCAUGAGAAUGGAAUAUCUGUAGACCAGGACUUUCAUAUGGCCAAACGUUAUUACGAUCUGGCACUUGAGACAAGCGAGACGGCAUAUCUACCUGUAAAACUUGCACUGCUCAAGCUACGGAUUCGGGCCUGGUGGGACAGAAUCACCCAUGGAAAUGUGAACCCCAUCCAGGAGGAAGAAGAAGUAACACAGUACCGGACCUUCAAGGAAUGGAUAAUUGCGUUUAUCGAAAACGACGAGGAAGAAGAGGCUAGGUAUCAAGCGCAGUUGUACAAACAGCGAGUUGAGUUAGAAGAGGACGAUAUCCUCGCUACUGCUUCUGAUCCUCAUUUCGAGAACCACCACAACGAUGGAUAUUAUGACGAGCUGGAACUCGAGAUCGACGAGAGUGUGCUGGAAGGCCUUAUUAUUAUCGUCUUGGCAGCGACAUUGCUGGUUCUUGUCUACAUGAGACAGCAAAGGAAUAGACGGAGAGAAAAUACCGCAGCUGCUGGGGGGGGAGGUAACCCCGGCGGUCCUGGGGAUGGGGACAAUGAUCGAGGCUUCUUCCCACGGCCUGGGGAGCCUGAGUUUGCACAGUGGGUUGCUGGAGGCAUUGGACAUUGA